CCGCAAACCAAGUUGUUUGUUUGAUUAAUCAGCCUCAGUUGUUUUUGUGCUUUAGAUCGAUUAAGAAUAUUGAAAAGUAUUUAAAAGAAAUUUUUCUUUGUUGGAAUAAAGUGAUAAUAAAAUGAAAAUAUUAAUCCUACUAGCUACUUUUAUUGUAAUUUCUUACGCUCAUGAUCCGUUAUCUGAUGAUUUUAUCAAGUUAAUCAACCGUAAAGCGACAACAUGGAAGGCUGGACGAAAUUUCCAUCAAGAUACAGACAUUAAGUUCUUGAAAGGAUUGAUGGGAGUUCAUCCAGACAGCUCACAUUUCCGCUUGCCAGAAUUAGUCCAUGACAUUGGAAACAUCGAAUCACUUCCAGAUAAUUUUGAUUCUAGAGUUCAAUGGCCUGAUUGCCCUACAAUCGGUGAAAUUCGAGAUCAAGGAAGUUGUGGAUCAUGCUGGGCUUUUGGUGCUGCUGAAGCUAUGAGUGAUCGUUGGUGUAUCCACUCUAAUGCAACUCAACAUUUCCACUUCUCUAGUGAACAUUUAGUAAGCUGCUGUCACACUUGUGGAUUCGGAUGCAAUGGAGGAUUUCCAGGAUCUGCUUGGUCAUACUGGGUACGCAAAGGUAUUGUAAGCGGUGGUCCAUACAACUCAUCUAUUGGCUGCCUUCCAUACGAAAUCGCACCAUGCGAGCAUCAUGUCAACGGAACAAGAAUGCCAUGCAGUGGAGAAGGAAAGACACCAAAAUGCCACAACAAGUGCUCAAAUUCAGCAUACAAAGUUGACUUCAAAGGCGACAAACAUUUCGGUGCAUCAAGCUACUCAGUCAAACGCGAUGAAGAUCAAAUUCGUACAGAAAUCUUCAAGAACGGACCAGUCGAAGCUGCAUUUACAGUUUAUGAAGAUUUUGUCAAUUAUAAAUCAGGUGUCUACAAGCACGUAGCUGGAAAGGCAUUGGGAGGUCAUGCAAUCAAGAUGUUCGGAUGGGGUGUUGAAGAUGGAACUAAAUUCUGGUGGGUUGCAAACAGCUGGAACUCAGAUUGGGGUGAUCAUGGUACAUUCAAGAUCUUGAGAGGCGAAGAUCAUUUGGGAAUCGAGAGUGAAAUCUCUGCAGGAAUUCCAAAAGUUUAAAUUUAAAUUAUUUGAGGCUUAUCAAUUUAGUUUACAUUCUGAUUAACCUUCCUGGUUCUUCAUUUCUUUCCUAUACGUUUGAUUCGAUUAAGAACAAAAAAUGCGAUUUUCUUUUAUUUAAUCAUGUUUAAUUACAAUAAAAGUCUGAUAAUGUAGAGUAUAUAGCUUUUAUGGAUGACGUUGUGCUGUUAUGAAUCGAAAAAAUAAAGUGAUAAUGAUGACUAAAUGAGUUUGUUGAUUCCGAAA